AUGAAGAACUAUGCGGUUUCUCUGGCCGUGGCUGCAUGCGCGGCCGCCAUCUGGAUCCUUCUUUCCACCCCAGACGCAGGCUUCGAUCCGCAAAAGGUCCUUGCUCGAGGCCGUGCAAUCACUUCACGGUCCUGGGAGUUUGGAACAUUCACAGAAGCUCUCCUUGAGUUCUACGAUCGAGACCUGACUGUUUUUGGAUCCGAUCCGUUUCCGCGCGGGCGGAUUCCCAGGGUUGCUGACCCGUCGAAAGUCGAGGGUCUUGCGUACGCAAGAUCUGUGAUAUGGACUAACGGCACAGAUCUACUGGUCGAUGGUGAAGGCUCAGCAGCAGACCCGGCGUCUCUGGGCAGAGCCGCCUUGCUCCUCUCCCAGUAUGAUGGGACUUACUAUGAAGCUGCAAUGCGCCAGGCCGACUUCCUCAUGAAAAAGGCCACGAGGUUCCAGGUUAAUGUCACACAUUCGGCCAUUUCACACCGUGAAGAGCCUCCUGAACUCUGGGGCGAUUUCAUCUACAUGGUGCCUCCAUUUCUGGCGUAUUACAGUGUCGCAGUACAGGAGAUGCGGAUCUUGGAAACGGCUGUGUUGCAGUGUCAGCUCUACAACGCCGUCUUGAGAACAAGCAUCUCGCUUGACGACGGGCAAACUUGUCACGGUCUGUGGCGGCACAUUAUCUCAGAGCCAGCAGAGUUAGAGCCGGGAGUAUGCUGCUCAGACCCAGAUGUUUGGCUUACCAGCAAUGCAUGGGCCGUAGCGGGAAUGACUCGCGUCUUGGCCACGAUCUUGAAGUGGCGGCCCCCUCCGGACAGUUCAAUCGAUCGGGUUCAGUACGACACAUUCAGGUCCGGGAGCACAGCGGCGUUGAAAGGCAUCAUUGACGCCAUGCUGCAAUGCACGGUGAAGCAGAGACGGGAUGAGAAGUCGGGUCUCUUGAAGAACUAUCUGGAUGGGCUGUCACAUCGAUCUGCUGCCUGGACGUAUGGAGACGCUGCCGGUACUGCACUCAUGGCUUCAGCAGCAUACCGAUUAGCAGUCCUCCUACCAGAGGUCUAUGGAGUGCCAUCCUUCCUCGACUGGGCUGAACAGAACCGUCGGGCAGUCGCGAAGCAUGUUAGCCACGACGGGAGAGUGAGCCCUGUGGCUGAUGUUGGACACGUCCCAAGCAAGAAUCCAGUCAAUCAGACCAGCGAAGGGCAGAGUAUGGCGAUCUUGAUGUACAGUGCGUGGCGCGAUUGCAUGGCUGCCGGGGUUUGCAGGAGGAAUGUCCGUCUCUGGGAUACGAUAUCGACGUGGUGGUGA